AUGUCAGCACCAGACUAUCGCUAUCUGCAAGCGUGGGCUCGGCCCUCUGCUUCCAAAUCUGGAUCCACGUCGAAGCGCCUCUACGACAGCGGCAUCUCGUACGAAGCCGUAUUGCCUACCACCAACGGCGAUGCUGCUGCUAUAGCUGGGCAGAAUGCAUCCCAGCAACAAGCAUCUGCGUAUCAGGUCAGGUUAGAUACCCCCGGUGGCAUCUCUUACGCCCCAGAUGCGCUGGCCCAGCACAACUCGGUGAAACGGCUGUUCAUCCCUGCUACUAUGCAUGAUUGUAAUACCAAGGAGUACGAUUUCAUUACAGAGAUUGAGGCGAAGAGGCAAGCUAGCAUCGAUGCAGCCGCGAAAAAAGGACCUCAAUUAGACGAAAAAGGGAGAACUCAGGCUCAAGCGUACCAGGAGGAAGUAGAGAACUCCUGUUCCAAGCCUGCUUCGGUUAACAACAUGUGCAAGCCUUUCGACGUUUCCAACACCGCAUCGACAGAACCGGUAGCAGAAAAGAGCAUCAAAGAAAAAGAAAGUGAUGCCGCCUCGAUCGCGACCAACGCCACCAUUGCAUCGGUGGACUCCAAGAUGACCACACUUACGUUGACAGCAGAACGCACACAGACGGUGCCAGUCAGCGUUUCCGCCAACGCAGUCGCUACACCCUUCCGUCCGCCACCUUCUAUCACCGGCGAUGCGGCGCAUGCACGAACGCCUUGGGCAGCUUCCGGAAACUGGACCUCGCACCGAAUGCUCGACCGUGUCACUGAAAGAGAAAAGAAGCUCGGCAUCACCCAAUCCGAAGAGGCCACGCAAGGACGAGUGCCGUCAGCGUACGAAGCGAGCUUGUUUGCAACUUCAUCGGACGCCGUAACGAUCCAGAAGGCUCGACCUGGUGGAGAACUGCUGAUAGAAGAUCUCUUCGUACCUGAUCCUAGACCAUGGCGACCACUGCGAUACGUGCGGAAAGUGGAUCCACGUCAGAUGCUCAUUCUGUGCGCUGGCGCUGCUUUGACACCCGGACAAGUAGCAGCUAUGAAGGUGGGCACUAGCGAUACAAACUCGAUUCUCACCACGGUUGCCUCAUCCACUGGCUUCAGCGCAACCGAUACAGCUUCAAUGUACAGCUCAAUCCCCACCGACUUUUCGGUCGAAGCAACGCGCAAAGCCAUGUUUGGUGCGGGCAAGCUGCCCGACUACAAAUCGCUAGAAGCCCAACUCAAGACCAACACAUCGGCUCUUGUACCCACACAUCAAGCCGAAGAGAAACGCGCAGGUCUCGGAUUCGUCUUUUGCCCCACCCAUGAUCUGCGUAGUCGUCAAGCUUCCCACGCACGCUUACCCUCUGUGGUUGUGGAACCGAAUUUCUCACGCCGGCUUGAACGGCCUCCCGAAUUUGCCCGAUCCACCCUCCGGCGAGCUGCCCUUCGCUCCGCCCUGGCCGCACUCGAAUUCUCGCGGUGGGAAACGGAAGGCUUCGACAAACUCGUCAUCGCUACACAUCACACGUGGCUAGUUGACGGAAUUACGCGCUGGAUCUGGGAGUGGCGUCAUAACAACUGGCGGAUCAUGUCGGAAUCCCCGCUGGGUAUGGUAGGCGAACAAGUUCCCGAUCGAGAUCUGUGGGAGUUGCUGGACAAAGCGGUAAAAGGAUAUGAGGAGAUCGACUGCACAGUGAGGUUCUGGAAGGUGAGUAAGGAGCAGAACAAGGUAGCGGUCGGGUUGGCGCAGGUAGGCGCGUGUAAGGAUAAUCAACAGCCUGGAACGGUGAGGUGGACCAAGAAGAAGGUCCCACAGAGCAUCUAA